AUGGGGAAAGGAUUUAAUAAUUAUAUGACAAAGAAGUUUUUUCAUCCAUCCAGCAAAGACAACAUAAAACGGAAAUGGAUGGCAGAACAGAAAACAGCCUUUGAUAAAAAGAAGCAGGAAGACUUACUAGCACAGUAUGAGAAAGAGCAAGAGGUUCUUAGCAACAGGGCUCUAAUUGGCGAUGUUAAAGCUAAACUUGGCCUCAGUUUCAUGUAUGAUGCACCACCUGGACUGAAGAAAAAAGAGGAGGUGCCUGAACAGGAAGUGAAGUUUGAGUGGCAGAGGAAAUACAAUGCUCCAAGAGAAGCAUAUGCAAAGGAUGAUGAGACUAUCAGGGAUCAGCCAUUUGGUAUUGAGGUCAGAAAUGUUCGGUGUAUCAAAUGUCGCCAGUGGGGCCAUGUCAACACAGAUAAAAUUUGCCCCUUGUUUGGCAAAAAUCUGACAGCAGAACCAGAGCUGCCGGCAUCCAGCAGCUUCUCCGCACUGGAUGGUUUAAAAGAAGGCGGGUUUGCCAUAAAGAACAGUGUACUCAGCCGAAUGAUGGAGCUGCAGCCGGCGGAGCAGCACAAAAUUUUAGCACAAGAAGAUGAGGAUGAUCCGGAAGUGAAAUUUCUAAAAUCCCUGACUCCUAAACAGAAGAAGAAACUUCUAAAGAAGCUGAACAAGUUGCAAGCCAAAUCUGCAAAAGGUGUGAGCAAAAAACACAAGUCAAAGAAGUCCAAAAAGCAUAAGAGCAGUGAUUCAUCAGAAAGUGAAGAUGACCAGCCCCAAAAGGCAAAGAGCUCUCAGGAACGUCAGAGAUCACCAGCACAAUCAGACGAUGAAGACAGCGGAAGAAAAGCAUCCACCUCACACAGACAUAGGGAAGAUCACAGAAGGCCAUCAUCAUCACACACUGAACGCAGGCGGUCACUUUCACUUGACACUGACUACAGACCAAAGAAAACUGGACGCAGUGACAGGAAGGGGAGAGCACAGGAGGCAGCUGAUUCAGAUGGCAGCAGUUCACAUUCAUCUGACAGACACCGGGACAAGAGAGCGCAUAAGAACAGCAGCCACAGGAGAGACAGGUCUAGGAGUAAGGACGAUCACAGAAGAAAGAGAAAGGAAUGA